AUGCCGUCGCAAGCCGCUCUGUUGAUUGGCGAUAUCACGCAUGCUCGGCCAGAAUGGGAGCAGCUCUCGUCGCUUCUGACGCUGAAGGAAUUCUCCCGAGGAACCCGCGAAGAGUUUCUGCAAAACUGCAAGUCCGGCCAGUACGACGACGUGGUCGCCAUCUACCGCAGCAAUGCGUCCAACAAGUACACGGGCCCGUUUAACAGCGAGCUGGUCUCGGUGCUGCCCAAGUCGGUCAAGUAUAUUUGCCACAAUGGCGCGGGAUAUGACAAUAUCGAGGUGCCUGCUGUGACGGCAGCUGGGAUUUCCGUGUCUAGCACCCCCGUCGCAGUCAACAAUGCUACCGCCGACGUGGGCAUUUUCCUUAUGAUCGGGGCUCUGCGCCAGGCGCAAGUCCCGUUGUCCUCGAUCCGAGCUGGCGAAUGGCUGGGCAAGUCCACCAUGGGCCACGACCCCGAGGGCAAGGUUCUGGGCAUUCUGGGCAUGGGCGGUAUCGGACGGGAAAUGGCCCAUCGCGCCAAAGCAUUCGGCAUGACCAUCCAAUACCACAACCGCACCCGGCUGGCGCCCGAGCUGGAAGCCGGCGCAAAAUACGUCUCGUUUGACGAGCUGCUGUCUACAUCUGAUAUCUUCAGUCUGAACCUGGCCCUGAACGCGUCGACGCGACACAUCAUCGGCGCCAACGAGCUGGCCAAGAUGAAGAGCGGGGUGGUCAUUGUCAACACCGCGCGCGGCGCACUGAUUGAUGAAAAGGCGCUUGUGGCAGCGCUUGAAUCUGGACAUGUUGCAUCGGUCGGCCUCGAUGUCUACGAGAACGAGCCGCAGGUCGAGCAAGGGCUGCUCAAGUCGAACAAGGCGUUUCUGCUGCCGCAUAUCGGCACCAUGACGUUUGAGACGCAAAAGGAGAUGGAGCUGCUGGUGCUGAACAAUUUGAAGUCGGCGGUGGAGAAGGGAGAGUUGAUCACGCAGAUUCCGGAGCAGAAGAAGGCUCGCUUAGGGCUCAAGCGCGCCAAGACGAAAAAGCACACCACCCGCAGCCUUUGGAGAUCUCCGUCCGCCGACAGGAAAAGAAGUCAACAACCAUCCGACCCGACAGGACCAUCUCUUUUCCGGCAAUCUUUCAAGAUGGUCCGCUACGCUGCACAGGAGAUUUCGAACGCAAAGAGCGCCCGUGCCCGGGGCUCUUACCUGCGUGUCUCGUUCAAGAACACGCGCGAGACCGCCCAGGCCAUCAACGGAUGGAAGCUGCAGCGCGCUCUCGUCUACCUCGACAACGUUGUCAACCACAAGGAGGCCGUCCCCAUGCGCCGAUACGCCGGAAGCACUGGCCGCACCGCCCAGGGCAAGCAGUUCGGUGUCUCCAAGGCCCGCUGGCCCGUCAAGUCGGCUGAGCAGCUGCUCGGCCUCCUCAAGAACGCCGAGGCCAACGCCGACACCAAGGGUCUCGACACCAGCAACCUCGUUGUCAAGCACAUCCAGGUCAACCAGGCCCCCAAGGGUCGCAGACGCACCUACCGUGCCCACGGUCGUAUCAACCCUUACAUGACCAACCCUUGCCACAUCGAGCUCAUCCUCACCGAGGGCGAGGAGGUUGUCCAGAAGGGCCCUCUUGUCGCCAGCGAGUCCCGUCUCUCCUCCCGCCAGCGUGGUGCCCAGAUCCGCCGCGCCAUCACCGAAGCUUAG